CUAGCGGCCCGAAAGAGAGAGAGAGAGAAGAGCAGCAGCAGCAGCAUCCCAGUGCUGUAAGCAGCACUAUCCAACCCGGCUUCGCUAGGAGCUGCACAGGCCCGCCGGGAAAGUGCACCACAAUGUGGAAAGCACUACUUAACCUCCUUUUCCUAUUAAUUUCCUGUUCUCUUCGGUGCCAUUCUCAAGGAUGUGAGUCGGGACAGUUCCGCUGUGGGACCGGCAGGUGCAUCCCGUUGGGGUGGCGCUGCGACGGCAUCGCGGACUGCGCGGACGACUCAGACGAAGCCGGCUGUCCCCGGUUCAGCUGCGAGGACGGACAGUUCCAGUGUGUCAGCGAUGGUGAGUGCAUCCCACAGUCGUGGGUGUGCGAUGACGAGGAGGAUUGCGACGACGGCUCCGACGAGAGGCAGCAUUGCCCCGGGCGGACUUGUUCCAGUGAGCAGUACACCUGCCCCAGUGGAGGCUGUAUCCCCCGGGAUUACAGGUGCGACCGGCUGCCCGACUGCUCAGACGGGGCCGAUGAGACCGGCUGCCAGUAUCCAGUGUGUGCGGAGCUGAUUUGCGCCAAUGGAGCCUGUUACAACCGCACGCAGCGAUGUGACCACGUUCUCAACUGCCGGGACGGAUCCGACGAGGCCAACUGCACUCAGCGCUGCAGCAGCAGUCAGUUCCAAUGUGACAAUGGGGAGUGCAUCCCGCGUGGGUACAUCUGUGACCAUGACGAUGACUGUGGCGACAGGAGCGACGAGCAGAAUUGCACCUAUCCUACCUGCCGGGGAGACUACUUCACCUGUCCAAGCGGCCGCUGUAUUCAUCAGAUCUGGCUAUGCGAUGGAGAGGAUGACUGCGAGGACAAUGCAGACGAGAGGGGUUGUGAUGCUGUCCAGCGGGAGUGUUACCCGGGAGAGUGGGCGUGCCCAAACUCGGGGGUGUGUAUCCCCCUGGAGCAUCUAUGUGACGGGAGCCCCCAGUGCCCAGGAGGAGAGGACGAGACUAAUGUUACUGCUGGACGCAACUGCAGUAUCUCAAAGUGUCCGUCUCUUAGCUGUGAGCAUCGCUGCCAUGCCUCCCCUGAUGGAGGAACGUGUUACUGUCCUCCAGGCUACGUGGUCAACAACAACAACAGCCGCUCCUGCAUCGAUUUCGAUGACUGUCAGAUGUGGGGUGUCUGUGACCAGCUCUGCGAGGAUCGCGUCGGCACCCACCGCUGCGGCUGCCUGGAGGGCUACGUGCUGGAACAGCAUAGGCACUGCAGGGCUAACACUUAUUCUGGUCAGCCUUGGCUCGUCUUCUCCAAUGGACGGGAUCUGCUGAUCGGCGACAUCCACGGACACGGUUUCCGCAGGGUGGUGCAGUCCCAGAACCGAGGCAUAGCUGUCGGGGUGGACUUCCAUUACCACCUGAACCGGAUCUUCUGGACUGAUACCAUUCAGAACAAGGUGUUUUCGGUGGAUAUGGAUGGUUCCAACAUGCAAGUGGUUUUGAACGUAUCCCUUGACUACCCUGAAAACUUGGCAGUGGACUGGGUCAACAACAAACUGUAUGUGGUAGAGGGCAGCGUCAAAAGAAUCGACAUGGUGGACUUGGACGGGAACAACCGCGUGACACUGAUCGCAGAGAACCUGGGGAAUCCAAGAGGCCUAGCGCUGGACCCAACGGUGGGAUUUUUGUUCUUCUCUGACUGGGAUGCGGUAAAUGGGGAACCUGGACUGGAGAGAGCCUAUAUGGAUGGGACCAACCGGUAUGGGAUCAUCAAGACCAAACUAGGAUGGCCAGCCGGCAUCACGCUGGAUAUCGAAGCAAAAAGGCUUUACUGGGUUGAUAGUCGCUAUGACUACAUCGAAACCACAACCUACGAUGGACUGCACAGGAAAACAGUGGUCCAUGGAGGGUCAGUGAUCCCACACCCAUUUGGAAUCAGCUUGUUUGAGCACAAUGUGUAUUUUACCGACUGGACCAAGAUGGCCGUCAUGAAAGCUAACAAGUUCAGCGAUAGCAACCCGCAGGUGAUCUACCACACAGCGAUGACUCCAUACGGGGUGGCUGUGGUCCAUUCUCUCAGACAGCCAUACGUGCGGAACCCAUGCAGUGAGAACAUGGGUGGCUGUGAGCACAUCUGUGUCCUGAGCCACAGGACAGACAACGGUGGCCUGGGCUACCGCUGCAAAUGCCGCUUGGGAUAUGACCUGCAUGCAGAUGGGAAGCGCUGUGUGGCCGUGAGACAGUUCCUGCUGUUCUCCUGCCAGUUGGCCGUCAGGGGCAUCCCCUUCAACCUCUCAUCCCAGGAGGACAUCAUCCUGCCCAUCACAGGCGCACCCUCCUAUUUUGUCGGCGUCGAUUUCAGCGCAGAAGAAGACACCAUCUUCUUCUCUGACACAGCCAAAGACCUCAUCUAUAAGCAGAAAGUGGAUGGAAGUGGCAGGGAGGUGCUUGCUGCCAAUCGAGUGGAUGGAGUGGAGGACCUGGCCUACGACUGGAUAUCUAAGAACCUCUACUGGACUGACCCACGCUACAGGAGCAUCUCGGUGAUGAAAGUUGCUGACAGAUCCAGACGCGCCAUAGUGAGAAACUUGAACAACCCCAGGUCCAUUGUGGUGCACCCUGGAAUUGGGUACAUAUUCUGGACCGACUGGUACCGUCCUGCCAAGAUUAUGAGGGCCUGGUGUGACGGGUCACAUGCGCAGUCCAUUGUGAAUACGACUCUAGGCUGGCCCAAUGGCUUGGCCAUUGACUGGAGUUCCUUGCGCCUCUACUGGGUGGAUGCCUUCUUCGAUAAGAUUGAGCACAGCACCUUCGAUGGGACAAACAGAUUGACCCUUGAUCGCAUCACGCAGAUGUCCCAUCCAUUUGGCCUGACCAUCUUCGGAGAUUAUGCCUAUUACACUGAUUGGAGGUUGGGUGCCAUUGUACGAGUUCGGAAAACCGACGGUGGAGAGAUGGUCGUCAUCAGGCGGGGGAUCAGCCACAUUAUGCACGUCAAGUCUUACAACGCCAACUCCCAGACAGGUACUAACUACUGUAACAGAGCAGCUAAUCCCAAUGGAGACUGCAGCCACUUUUGUUUCCCGGUGCCCAACUUCCAGCGGGUGUGUGGCUGCCCGUAUGGCAUGAAGUUGGCUCCGAACCAGCAGACGUGUGUGGAGGACCCCUCCAACGAGCCCCCCACCCUGCAGUGUGGAACCAAUUCCUUCUCUUGCGCCAAUGGAAAGUGUGUUCCUCAUAACUACCAAUGUGACGGCAUGGAUGACUGCCAUGACAACAGCGAUGAAGUAAAUUGCGGCGCCUACAAUGCAACCUGCUCUCCGACUGCAUUCACCUGUGCCAACCGGCGUUGCGUGCCUAUCAACUGGCGCUGCGACGGGCACAAUGACUGCUUCGACAACAGUGACGAGAACGGCUGCCCCACUCGGGGUACCUCUACCUGCCAAGCCAAUCAAUACACUUGCGCCAACCAGCGUUGCAUCCCAGUCACCUGGCUGUGUGACACAGACAAUGACUGUGGGGAUGGCUCUGAUGAAAUCGACUGCCACUUCUCUGGAACAUGCUGGCCUGGUCAGUUCCAGUGCCCAGACCACCGCUGCAUUGACCCAUACUACGUGUGUGAUGGAGACAGGGACUGUGUGGAUGGAGCCGACGAACAGGGAUGCAUUUAUAACUGCACGGCCUAUGAGUUUAAGUGCGCCAAUGGACACCAGUGUGUGAACUCCUACUACCGCUGCGAUGGGGUUUCUGACUGCAGCGACCAGUCAGAUGAAGCUGGCUGUCCCACCAGGAUGCCAGGCAUGUGUCACCAUGACAGUGAGUUCCAGUGCCAGUCAGACGGUAGCUGCAUCCCGGCAGCGUGGGAGUGCGAUGGCCACCCAGAUUGCGAGGAUGGCUCAGACGAGCAUCAUGCUUGCCUGCCACGCACCUGCCCCUCCUCGAACUUCCGCUGCGACAACGGCAAUUGCGUACCACUGCGUUGGGUCUGUGACGGAGACAACGACUGCCGCGACCUGAGUGACGAGCGUGACUGCCCCACACCUCCCUUCCGUUGCCCCAGCUGGCAGUGGCAGUGUCCUGGGCACAGCGUGUGCGUUGACCUGAGCAAGGUGUGUGACAAUACCCCUGACUGCCCCAAUGGAGCUGACGAGUCACCCCUCUGCAACGAGCCUCUGCCAGACCAAGAGAGCUGCUCGGACAACAAUGCCGGUUGCACGCAUGGUUGCAUCCAAGGUCCUUUUGGAGCGCAGUGCACAUGUCCCUCGGGCUACCUAUUGACCAACGAUUCUAAGACCUGCGAGGAUGUCGACGAAUGCAAUCCCCCGGGACUCUGCAGCCAGCAUUGCUACAAUGAGCGAGGCUCCUUCCGCUGUCACUGUACGGAAGGCUAUACGCUGGAAGCGGACCAGCGUACAUGCAAGGUCUCAGGUCUCAGGGAGGCCCUGCUGCUGGUGGCUAGCCGCAAUCAGAUCGUGUCAGAUGACAUCACGGCACAACCCAACGUGGUGAGGUCGCUAGUGCGCGACGGACGCAACAUCGUGGCCUUGGACUUUGACUCAGCCACGGACCGCGUGUACUGGUCUGACACCACACAGGACUGCAUCUGGAGCAUGCAUAAAAAUGGCUCGGACAGGACCGUUAUAUUUGACAGUGGCGUAACGGUGACCGAGAGCCUCGCUGUGGACUGGGUCGGACGGAACCUCUACUGGACCGACUAUGUCCUGGAGACGAUCGAGGUGUCCAAACUAGAUGGCAGCCACAGAACCGUCCUAAUCAGUGACAACGUUACCAACCCCAGAGGCCUAGUGUUGGAUCCACGGGAUGACGCACACCUCAUGUUCUGGACUGACUGGGGGAGGAACCCGCGGAUCGAACGAGCCAGUAUGGACGGCAAAAACAGGAUUGUCAUCAUCAGUGACAAGCUCUACUGGCCCAAUGGCUUGACAAUAGACUAUCCUACAAAGCUGCUCUACUUUGCUGAUGCGUACUUGGACUUCAUCGAUUACUGCGAUUACGACGGGAGCAACAGGAAGCAGGUCUUAGCCAGUGACCUGGUGCUUCAGCAUCCCCAUGCAAUUACCAUUUUUGAGGAUUUUGUGUACUGGACUGACCGCUACAUCAACCGUGUCAUCCGGGCCAACAAGUGGCACGGCGAGAACCAGACGGUACUGAUGUAUAACCUCCCGCAGCCCAUGGGGCUGGUGGCUGUGCAUCCGGCUCGGCAGCCCCCAGGUGUUAACCGCUGUUCCUAUAGCCCCUGUACUCACAUCUGCUUGCUGUCAGCCAUCGGACCCAGGUUCUACUCCUGCGCCUGCCCCUCCGGCUGGAACCUGGCCACGGAUCAGAUCUCCUGUGUCAGAGUUACAGACCCCUUUCUGGUGGUGGUGAGAGACAGCAUCAUCUACGGCAUUUCCCUGAAUGAGAGUGACAAGAGUAACGACGCGAUGGUCCCCGUCGCCGGGCUGCAGAAUGGCUAUGACGUGGACUUUGACGACUCCCAGCAGAUGAUCUACUGGGUGGAACACCCGGGGGAAAUCCACCGCGUGAAGGCAGACGGGACCAACAGGACGGAAUUCGCUCCUGCCGCCAUCCUGGGCUCCCCAGUGGGCCUCGCAUUGGACUGGAUGUCGCAGAACCUGUAUUAUACCAACCCAGCCUCACAGUCCAUUGAGGUUCUGAAGCUGAAUGGAGAGGUGCAAUAUAGGAAGACCCUCAUCACCAACAAUGGCUCACCUACGGGGGCUGGUACCCCUGUUAGCAUCGCUGUGGACCCGGCACGUGGGAGGAUGUACUGGACCGAUCAAGGGACAGAGAGUGGGGUCCCAGCCAAGGUGGCAGCUGCAGACAUGGACGGCUCCAACGCCGUCACCCUCUUCACCAACAACAUGGACCACAUUGAGUUCAUAACGAUCGACAUACGGGAAAACAAGCUGUACUGGGCCGUCACGGGAACCGGAAUGAUCGAGCGAGGCGACUCAGAUGGUACCAACCGCAUCGCUAUCGUGACCGGCCUGUCCCACCCAUGGGGGGUGGCAGUGCACGGGGGCUUCCUGUACUUCACCGACAGGGACUACGAGGUGAUCGAGCGCGUGGACAAAGACACCGGCGCCAACCGGGUGGUGCUUCGGGACAACGUGUCUGGACUCAGGGUCCUCAAGGUGCACUACAGAGAGACCUCUGCAGGCACCUCCAACGGCUGCAGUGACAACUUGGGGAUUUGUCAGCACCUGUGCCUGCCACGCCCUGGCAAUCUGUACACCUGUGCCUGUGCCACUGGCUUCAAGCUCAACCCUGACAGCAGGACCUGCUCGCCCUACCAGUCCUACGUGGUCAUCUCCAUGCUCUCCGCUCUGAAGGGCUUCAGCCUGGAGGGGGUCGACCACUCCGAGGCCAUGGUCCCCGUAGCAGGGAGAGGUCGCAAUGUCCUGCACGUAGAUGUCCACAUGCAGUCGGGCUUCCUCUACUGGUGCGACUUCAGCAGUACCGUGGCGUCACAGAACGCGAUUCGCCGGAUCAAGCCUGACGGCUCAGGGUUCCGUAGCAUAGUCACUUCUGGCAUCGGCCGGAACGGCAUCCGAGGCAUCGCGGUAGACUGGGCUGCAGGGAACCUCUAUUUCACGAAUGCCUUCUUAACGGAGACCUACGUGGAGGUGAUUCGUCUGAACACCACCUUCCGGCGAGUGCUCCUGAAGACCACCGUUGACAUGCCCCGCCACAUUGUGGUAGACCCCAAGAGCAGAUACCUCUUCUGGGCAGACUAUGGACAGAACCCCAAGAUCGAGCGGGCUUUCUUGGACGGGACAAACAGGACCGUCCUGGUCUCCUCUGGGAUCAUCACUCCACGAGGCCUUGCUCUGGAUUACCAGAACGGAUACAUCUACUGGGUGGAUGACUCUCUGGACAUGAUCGCCAGGGUACGUCCCGAGGGUGGAGAACCAGAGAUGGUACGGUAUGGGAGCCGGUACCCCACCCCUUAUGGCAUCACCGUCUUUGAGAAUAGCAUCAUCUGGGUGGACAGGAACCUCAAGAAAGUCUUCCAGGCCAGCAAAGAGCCGGGUAACAAUGAACUUCCAGCUGUCAUCAGGGAUAAUAUUAACAUGUUGAGGGAUGUGACCAUCUUUGACCAGCGUACCCAGCCCCACGCGGCCCAGGAGCUCAACAACAACCCGUGCCUCGUGGCCAACGGCGGCUGUGCCCACCUCUGCUUCGCCAUCCCCGGAAGCCAGACCAGGAGGUGCGUCUGUGCCUUCGGGAGCCUGGCGCGCGACAAUGCCACCUGCGUGGUGUCUAGAGACGACUACCUCAUUUACACCACAGAGAGCACUGUACGCAGCCUUCGCCUGGACCCUGAGGACCACUCUUUGCCUUUCCCCGUGGUCAACGUGCUCCGAACUUCAGUGGCCCUGGACUUUGACCGCACAGACAAUCGGAUCUACUUCUCACAGAGUUCUGGGGCAGGAAUCAGCAAGAUUAGCUACAUCAGCCUUUCAUCUCCCACCACCACCCCCACGAUAGUGGCUUCGGAUCUGGGCUCUCCAGACGGUUUGGCCUACGACUGGAUCCAUAAGAGGAUUUACUACAGCGACUACGUCAACCAGACCAUCAGCUCCAUGGCUAUCGACGGGUCCCAGCGUACUAUUAUUGCUCGGGUUCCCAGACCACGGGCCAUAAUGUUGGACCCCUGUCGGGGGUACAUGUACUGGACGGACUGGGGGACCAAUGCAAAAAUCGAACGGGCCACUCUAGGGGGAAACUUCAGGACCGACAUCGUAAACACCAGCCUGGUGUGGCCCAACGGGCUCACUUUAGACUACGAGGAGCAGAGGCUCUACUGGGCAGAUGCCAGCUUGCAGAAGAUUGAAAGGUCCAUGCUGACGGGCGCCAACCGUGAGGUGAUCGUGGGCACGGCCGUCUACCCGUUCGCCAUGACCCUGUAUGGCCAGCAUAUCUACUGGACGGACUGGAACACGCGCAGUAUCUACCGUGCCAACAAGCACGAUGGCUCGGACCAGCGUGUGAUGGUCCAGAACCUUCCGUCUCGCCCUAUGGACGUACACGUGCUGGCCAGUAGCAAGCAGCAGCAGUGUGGCAGCCCCUGCGAGCAGUUCAAUGGCGGUUGCAGCCAUAUCUGCACUCCCGGUCCCCAGGGCGCGGAGUGCGGCUGCCCCUCCGAGGGCCGCUGGUACUUGGCUGACAACAAGUACUGUAUCCAUGACAACGGCACCCGCUGCCAGCCGGGCCAGUUCACCUGCAUGAAUGGCCGAUGCAUCCGCGCGCAGUGGAAGUGUGACAAUGACAAUGACUGCGGUGACGGCAGUGACGAGCUGGAGCGAGUCUGUGCCUUCCACACCUGUGAGCCAACUGUGUUCACCUGCGGCAACGGGCGCUGUGUGCCCUACCACUACCGCUGCGACCACUACAACGACUGCGGGGAUGGGAGCGACGAGGUCGACUGCCUCUUCCGGCCCUGCGACCCCACCAGCGAGUUCACCUGCAACAACGGACGCUGCAUCGCCAGGGAGUACGUCUGCAAUGGCAUCAACAACUGCUUUGAUAACGGCACAUCUGACGAAAGAGGAUGCGCCGAUCGUACCUGCCAGCCGGAACACACCAAGUGCCAGACCACCAAUAUCUGCAUCCCGCGUUCGUACCUUUGUGACGGUGACAACGACUGCGGGGACAUGAGCGACGAGAGCCCCACGCAUUGCGCCACGUCCACCUGCGCCGAGAACGAGUUCCGCUGCUCCAGUGGCCGCUGCAUCCCGGGCCACUGGUACUGCGACGAGGGCACUGACUGCGCCGAUGGCUCGGACGAGCCCUCCACCUGCCGGUCUCUGGUGCGGACAUGCAACGCUGACCAGUUCCGCUGCGAUGAUGGCAGGUGCAUCGCCUCCUCCUGGAUCUGCGAUGGUGAUAACGACUGCGGGGACAUGAGUGACGAGGACCAGAGGCACAAUUGCGCAAACCGCAGCUGCCUGGCCUCAGAGUUCACAUGUGUGAACAACCGGCCGCCGCAGAGGAAGUGCAUCCCCCGUGACUGGGUGUGCGACGGCGACGCCGACUGCUCCGACGCCUACGACGAGCACCAGAACUGCACGCGCCGGUCGUGCUCCACCAGCGAGUACACCUGCGCAAACGGCCUUUGCAUACGCGGCGCGUACAGGUGUGACCGUCGCAACGACUGCGGAGACGGCAGCGACGAGCAGGGCUGCACCUACUUGCCGUGUCAACAACACCAGUUCACGUGCCAGAAUGGCCGCUGCGUGUCCCGGGACUUUGUGUGCGACGGGGACAAUGACUGUGGCGAUGAGUCGGAUGAGCUGGACCACCUGUGCCAUACGCUGCCCCCUACUUGUCCGCCUGGGAACUACAGAUGUGAUAACGGGAACUGCGUGGCAGACACCAAGGUGUGCGACAGGAACAACGACUGUUCUGACGGCAGCGAUGAAAAAGGCUGUGGCAUCAACGAAUGCACGGACCCCUCCAUGCACCACUGUGACCACAACUGCACGGACACGCCCACCAGCUUCACCUGCACCUGCCUGCCGGGCUACAGGCUCAUGUCGGAUGGCACAACGUGCGACGACGUCAACGAGUGCGCAGAGACGCCUGCCGUGUGCAGCCAGGUGUGCGAGAACACCGUGGGCUCGCACGUUUGCAAAUGCGCCCCAGGUUACCUGCGAGAACCCGACGGCCGGAGCUGCCGACAGAACAGCAACGUCGCCCCCUACCUGUUGUUCAGCAACCGCUACUACCUGCGCAACCUAUCGGCUGACGGCGAGGCCUACUCGCUCAUCCUGCAAGGCCUCACCAAUGUGGUGGCACUAGACUUCGACCGUGUGGACAAACGUCUCUACUGGAUCGACGUGGCACGCAGGACGGCCGAGCGAAUGUUCUUCAACGGCACGGGCAGGGAGACUGUGCUAACCGGCCUGGCUCACAGCGAGGGCCUCGCCGUCGACUGGGUGGCUAGGAAACUCUACUGGGUGGACAGCUUUCUAGAUUGUCUCCAAGUGUCUGAGUUGGACGGACGCUUUGUGAAGAAGCUGGCCGAGCACUGCGUGGACGCCAACAACACGUACUGCUUCGAAAAUCCCCGGGGGAUUGUGGUCCAUCCUAAGUAUGGAUAUGUUUACUGGACAGACUGGGGCGAGAGGGCUUUCAUUGGCCGAGUUGGGAUGGAUGGGAACAACAAGUCUGCCAUCAUCACCACCAAGAUGGAGUGGCCCAAUGGGAUCACGAUCGAUUACACCAAUGACAGGCUCUACUGGUCAGACGCCCACCUCAACUACAUUGAGUACUCGGACCUGGAGGGCCGCCACCGACACACUGUCUACGAUGGAGUCCUGCCCCACCCAUUCGCCCUGACUGUUUUUGAAGACACUGUCUACUGGACCGACUGGAACACGCGGACUGUGGAGAAGGGGAACAAAUACGAUGGAUCGGGCCGCACAGCACUGGUGAACACGACGCACAGGCCCUUUGACAUCCAUGUGUGCCACCCCUACCGGCAGCCAACUGUGUCCAACCCAUGUGCGGUGAACAACGGAGGCUGUUCGCACCUGUGCCUGAUCCGGGCCGGAGGCCAAGGUCACACCUGCGAGUGUCCCGACCACUUCCUGACCAUGCAGGUGGGGAAUGUGGCCCGCUGCCUGGCCAUGUGUUCCAGCACGCAGUACAGAUGCGUCGAUAAUGAGAGAUGCAUCCCCAUUUCGUGGAAGUGUGAUGGUCAGCGGGACUGCAGGGAUGGUUCGGAUGAACCCUCCACCUGCCCCGCACGCCACUGCCAACUGGGCCAGUUCCAGUGCAAUGACGGCAACUGCACCAGUCAUAACUUUCUGUGCAACGCAGUCCAGGACUGCCACGACGGCUCAGAUGAGGACCCCGUACUGUGUGCAACGCACCAGUGUGAAACAUACCAGUGGCAGUGUGCCAACAAGCGCUGCAUCCCCGAAGCGUGGCAGUGUGACAAUGAGAACGACUGCGGUGACGACUCCGAUGAGGACCCCUCCCACUGCGCCAGCCGCACGUGCCGCCCGGGCCAGUUCAGGUGCCGGAACGGGCGGUGUAUCCCCCAGACGUGGAAGUGCGACGUGGACGACGACUGCGGGGACAACUCGGACGAGCCGCAUGACGAAUGCAUGGGCCCAGCAUAUCGUUGUGACAACCAUACCGAGUUUGCCUGUCGGACCAACUACCGUUGCGUGCCUCUGUGGGCUGUGUGCAACGGGCACGAUGACUGCCGAGACCAGAGUGAUGAGCAGGGCUGUGCGGAGCUGACCUGCAACCCCAGGGGAGAUUUCCGCUGCGACAACCACCACUGCAUUCCCCUGCGCUGGAAAUGCGAUGGGGACAAUGACUGCGGCGACGGCUCAGACGAGCGCAGCUGCAGCCCCCGCUCCUGCACAGAGAGCGAAUUCCGCUGCGACAACUUACACUGCAUUCCCGGCCGGUGGGUGUGCGACCAUGACAACGACUGCGGGGACAACUCUGACGAGAGGGACUGUGAACUCCGGACAUGUAACCCGGGAUACUUCCAGUGCAACAGCGGCCACUGCAUUGCACAGCGCUUCCGAUGCGAUGGUAACGCUGACUGCAUGGACUACUCUGACGAGGCAGCAUGUCCAACCCGGUACCCCAACGGGACGUACUGCCCCCCAUUCCUCUUCGAGUGCAGGAACCACGUGUGCCUGCAGUCCCACUGGAAAUGCGACGGGGACAACGACUGCGGCGACGGCUCGGACGAGGAGCUCCACCUCUGCCUGGAUAUUCCCUGCAACCCCCCCUUCCGGUUCCGCUGUGAUAACAACCGCUGCAUAUACAGCCACGAGCUGUGCAACACGUUGGAUGACUGCGGUGACGGCACCGACGAGAGGCCGGAACACUGCCAGGCCCCCACCCACGGGCCCUGCUCAGUGGAGGAGUUCAAAUGCAGCAACAGGAACUGCAUUCUCCUGCACUACGUAUGUGACGACUUCGAUGACUGCGGAGACCAGUCCGAUGAGCUCGGCUGCAACAGGGGCAGCAGCCGCUCCUGCAGCGAAAACCUCUGCGAGCACAACUGCACCAACUUGGCAGAAGGAGGCUUCAUCUGUUCCUGCAGACCCGGCUACAGGCCCAGCCAGACCGACAGGAACAGCUGCGAGGACGUGAACGAGUGCGAGGUCUUCGGCAGCUGCCCGCAAGAUUGCAGGAACUCCAAGGGAGGAUACGAGUGUCUGUGUUCACAGGGCUUCCGCUCCGUCGGGGAGGAGCAUGGGGCGGAAUGCGCCGCCGAGGGCAACCCCCCGGCACUCCUGCUGCCGGACAACGUGCGCAUCCGCCGCUUCAACCUUUCCUCGGAGCAGUUCUCAGACUACGUGGAGAACAGCGAGCACAUCCAGGCCCUGGACUACUUAUGGGAUCCCGAGAACACUGGCCUCAGUAUCGUUUACUGGACAGUGCUGGGCCGAGGCUCCCAGUUUGGCGGCAUCAAACGUGCCUACAUGCCCACCUUCAUGGACAAUGGCAACAACCCCGUGAAGGAAGUCGACCUCAACCUGAGAUACAUCUCCAAGCCUGACAGCAUCGCAGUCGACUGGAUCGGCGGACACAUCUACUGGGCGGACUCGGGGACCAACAGGAUUGAGGUGGCGAAGUUGGACGGCCGGUACAGGAAAUGGCUGAUCCACACUGAUCUUGACCAGCCGGCUGCGAUCGUAGUCAAUCCAGCACUUGGAAUGAUGUACUGGACAGACUGGGGAACUAAGCCCAAGAUUGAGUCGGCCUGGAUGGAUGGGCAACAUCGGCGGAACCUGGUGGAGGAGGACUUGGGCUGGCCCACUGGGCUGGCCGUCGACUACGUCAAUGGGGACCGGAUAUACUGGUGCGACUCGAAGGAGAAUACCAUCGAGUCCAUGAAGGCGGACGGCACAGAUAGGAAGAUUAUAAUAUCAGGAGACAUCGGUAACCCCUACAGCCUAGACGUCUUUGAGGGACACAUCUACUGGACGACGAGAGAGCGGGGAGAGGUGUGGAAGACAAAUAAAUUUGGGAAGGGUGACAGAGUGAAAGUGUUGACCAUCAACCCGUGGCUCACUCAAGUGCGUAUCUACCAAGAGCACAGGCACAACCUCUCAGUGCCUAACCCAUGCAAGGAUGUCUGCAGUCACCUGUGCUUGCUACGCCCAAGAGGCUACACCUGUGCAUGUCCCCAAGGCUCCCUGCCCGUCAGCUUCAACCCCAGCGAGUGCGAUGCAGCUAAAGAGGUCCCGGUUUCAAUGCCCGCUCCAUGUCGAUGUAUGAACGGCGGGACAUGCUACACUGAAGAGGAUGGGCCCCCCAAGUGCAAGUGUCUGUACGGCUAUGCGGGCAGCUACUGUGAGAUGGGGAAGUCCAGUGGGGCGCCUUCAGGGAUAGUCGCUGUGCUCCUGGUAAUAAUCGUCAUCUUGAUCACUGGAGGCCUGGCUGUUGGGAUCUUCAUCAACUACAGACGUACUGGCUCUUUUAUACCCUCCUUGCCCAAACUUCCCAGUCUGAGCAGCUUGGUCAAGUCCAGCGAUGCCGGAAACGGCGUGACAUUCCGCUCCGGCGAUGACGUCACCAUGGACCUGGACCCCCCAGCCGUGGCAGUCUCGGCCAUUGACAGAGCCAUGCAACUGGAUGAGAACUUCGCAGUGGGAGGGGGCAAGCAGCCUGUCACGUUCGAGAACCCGCUUUACUCCACAGCCGCUAACGCCACGGGCGACCCCGCCGUGAUCCACGCCACGCAGGUCACCGUUAAUGUGAGUGGGGACCCGGCGAAGAACAAUUAUGAGAACCCGACCUACUGCUUGGAGCAGCCUGCCGUCGCAGUGGAGACUCCAUCGACCAGCACAGAAUGUGUUCCUGAAUCCAGGUGGAGCUUAUUUAAGAGGAAACUGAAACCUGGCACCACUUUCGAAAAUCCUACAUACUCAGAGAUGCAAGAGGAGCGUGUGGUGGAAAGCGGAGAGGGUGGCAGCUCCGAGCCGGUCUCACCCUUCGCCCCGCCCGUCAGAGCUCCGAAAAAGGAGCGAGCCAAUGCAUACGCGCCUACGGAGGACACCUUCGGAGACACAGCCACUCUGGUGAAGGAGGACAGUGAUGUGUAAUGCGCUCUGGUCACAAAUUCCCAACCAAGGACACAGUCUCCUUUGCACAGAAUCUAUUUUUAUAUGCAGCCUGUGAACGAAACUAAGAUUGUUUGGAAAAUCGAUGAAAGUUCCUAUAGCCUGAACUGCAGAGGUCUCAGCUGACUAUGCCAUUUGUUUCUUAUUCCAAUUCUCAUGUUGAUUUUUUUAUUACAAUGUACUAUAUGUAUAUCUUUGCACUGAACUGGCUGAUAGCAGUUAUAAAUAUGCUGUAUAUUUGUAAAUUUGUGAAAGAUUAUGUCAAUAAUAUUCUCUGAAAAUAACCUAUUUUGGAAUAGAUGAUCUUAUUCAUAGAUAUACGUGAACAGGAUGUCACUUUUGACUGAAGUGCAUUGCAGAUAUAAACAUACAGAUAUUAUUUAACAAAGGUCAUACUUCAGACAUGAACAGAUGAACGCAUGCAUUUCAUCCUGCAUGUUUAUAUACCUCAUUACUGGGCUGAAAACAAGACAAAAAAACAAAACAAAGAUAUUUUCAUUGUUAGAUUCUUGAUUCUUAUCAUAGAAAUUUCCUGAGGAUAGAUUAAGGGUGUUCCUGUCAUUUCAUAUUGACCAUGCACAGCCAAAUAUUUUAAAGUUCCUUUCCUUCCUCUUAUAUGCAAUAUUUUAAAAUGCAAUCAUAUCCGUUUUAGACUCCAUUGAACAGUACUCUGAAGCCGUUUAAAGUAAUCGUCUUCAAAAAAUAAUACAAGUUAAAGGAUAUUAUUGAACUGUGAUACUCAACUGUGUAGAUAUAAUGAACCGAAAAUUAAACAUCCUCUUCAGAUCAGCCAAAAGUAUAGCUGGAGAGCCUGCAUAAAUAAGUAAUAAAAUCUUAGAAAGCUGAACAGGUAACUUUUAUCUUGCAGAAUGAACACAUGUUUAAUGAUUUCAUUAAAAAGUUACUUAGAACAAAACUUGAACAUUUCAUUUUCCUGUAUGUUCAACUAAGCAAGAGUUUUAUCCUUGUAGUUGCUAUAUUGUCGAAAGUAAGCAAUUUACAUGCUUUACUGUAGCCCAUAUUCAGACACAGCCCAUGUAUGUACACUGGAUACUACAGCCUACCAUGCUGCAAUGGUCGUUUUUGUAUAUUAAUGGCAAGAGUUUGUAUGAAAAGUUAAAAUGUCUUUGUAGGCAGAGACCAGGAACUGGAAGACACAAUUAUGCUGCUGAGAAAAAUCUAAUAAAUUUCUUAUUUUAUCAUUGAA